AUGGUGGCAACUUUGAGUUGUUUAGGUCAUUCUAAAUGUGAAUUUGAGGCGAUUUUCAAUUUCGGGGACUCGAACUUGAAUACAGAUGGGUCUUAGGCAACGUUUCCGGCGCAAUCUGGACUUUAUGGCAUGACCUAUUUCAAGAGACCUGUUGGUCGGGCUACGGAUGGGAGGCUCAUUGUUGAUUUUCUAGCCGAAGCUCUUGGGUUGCCAUGUAUAAGUCCAUAUCUGAAAUCAAUUGGACCUGACUACAAGCAUAGGGCAAACUAUGCAACAUUGGCAUCCACUGUGCUUUUGCCAAACGUUUCCUUAUUUGUCACUGGAAUCCAAGUUGAAGAGCUUCACCAGUCCUCGGAUCAACAAGGUGAGCAACUGAUAAGAUUUCCUUCCCUGGAUGUUAUUGGGAAAUCACUCUACACCUUAUACAUUGGCCAAAACGAUUUCACGUCCAAUUUGGGAGCCAUUGGUGUGUAUCUUCGUCAAGUGGUCUUACAAAUUGCUUGUACCAUCAAGGAACUACAUGGAUUAGGAGGGCUUGCAUUUCUGGUGCUUAAUCUGGCACCAAUAGGUUGUUAUCCAUCAUCUCUGGUGGGGCUUCCUCCUUCUGAACUUGAUGCAUUUGGAUGCUCAAUUGCUUACAGCAAUACAGUUGUGGACCACAACAACAUGUUGAAGGAGGCACUUGGCCAAACUAGAGGCUUCCUUCCAAAUGCUUCCCUCAUAUAUGCAGACAUCUCUGUUUUGCUAGAGCUCUUUAGACAUCCCACAUCUCAUGGUAUAGCUCCCAAUCAAGGUUUUCUAUUCAACUACGCUUUAUAUCUUUAGAGAAAUGUUUUUUUUUUUGUUUUGACAAACUUAUUGACAGACAAAUACUUAUGUUGUCAGACUAUGAAUCUGGAUCAUACACUCAAAACGAAUCAAACUAAUAUAUGGUGCACAAUCAAUCUGA